ACCACUGUCCCCAAGAUGCUGUCCCUAUUCUUGCUUGAGGACCACUACCUCAGCUUCCCUGCCUGCUUCCUGCAGAUGUACCUUUUCCACAGCUUCUCCUGCUCCGAAGCCUUCGUCCUGGUGGUCAUGGCCUGUGACCGCUAUGUGGCUAUCUGCCGCCCCCUGCACUACCCUGUCCUCAUGACCCCACAGACCAAUGCUGCACUGGGAGCCAGUGCCUGGCUCACUGCCCUCCUUCUGCCCAUCCCAGCAGUGGUGCAGAUGUUACACAUGGCUUUUGACAACACUGUUCACAUCUGCCACUGCUUCUGUGACCACUUGGUUGUGGUCCAGGCCUCCUGCUCUGACACCACGUCCCAGACCUUCAUGGGCUUCUGCAUCGCCUUGGUGGUGUCUCUGCCCCUUCUCCUGGUGCUUCUCUCCUAUGCCCACAUCCUGGCCUCAGUGCUUCUCAUCAGCUCCCGAAAAGGACGCUCGAAAGCCUUCUCCACCUGCAGCUCCCACCUCCUGGUUGGCACCUACUACUCAUCCAUUGCCAUAGCCUACGUGGCCUACAGGGCUGACCUACCCCUCGACUUCCACAUCAUGGGCAACGUGGUGCAUGCUAUUCUCGCACCUAUCCUCAACGCUCUCAUCAACACGCUGAGGAACAAGGAUGUCAAAGCAGCCAUCACCAAAAUGGCAUGUCCCCAGGGCCCAGGGAAUUCUGGGACCCUUAAUCCUUAGAU